CCCUGCCGGUCUCCCGUGACUGUCUGCGCAUGUGGGACACUGAGUCCACGCUAGUACAGAUCAGCAGCGGCACUGGGAUCUGAGGCUGCAGAACAACAUGAAGAACAGAUUUAGCACCAUAGAUAUCCGGGCUGUCAUAGCAGAGCUUAAUGCCAGUUUGCUGGGGAUGCGAGUGUACAAUGUUUAUGAUGUGGAUAACAAGACUUAUCUCAUCCGCCUGCAGAAGCCGGACGCCAAAGCGGUACUUCUGUUGGAGUCUGGGAUCAGGAUUCACACCACAGAGUUCGAGUGGCCCAAGAACAUGAUGCCGUCUGGGUUUGCGAUGAAGUGCAGGAAGCAUCUCAGGUCCAGGCGCCUGGUCAGUGUUACACAGCUGGGAGUGGACAGGAUUGUUGAUUUCCAGUUUGGUUCAGACAAUGCAGCGUAUCAUCUGAUUGUUGAGUUGUAUGACCGGGGGAACAUCGUCCUCACAGACUUCGAGUAUCUCAUUCUGAACAUCCUGCGGUUCCGUACAGACGAAGCCGAUGAUGUUAAGUUUGCAGUCCGAGAGCAUUAUCCCGUGGGUAAUGCCAAAGCCCCGGAACCUAUUCUUACCAUGGACAGAUUAAAAGAGAUAUUGAUGAGCGCUCAAACAGGAGAUCAGGUGAAGAGGAUCCUUAACCCUCACCUCCCAUACGGAGCUACCCUCAUAGAGCAUUGUUUGCUAGAAAACGGAUUGUCCAGUAAUGUGAAGGUCGAGCAGAUCUCAGGGGAGACAGAUUUUGAAAAGGUUCACUCAGCUUUAAAGAUGGCGGAGGAUUAUAUGGAGAAAACUUUGAAUUUCAAUGGAGAGGGCUACAUAAUCCAGAAGAGAGAGAAAAAGCCAAGCUUGGAGCCAGAUAAACCAUCCGAAGACAUUCUCACGUAUGAGGAAUUCCACCCAUUCCUCUUCGCACAACAUGUCAACAGCCAGUGUGUGACGUUUGAGUCUUUUGAUAAGGCUGUAGAUGAAUUUUACUCUAAGCUGGAGGGUCAGAAGAUUGAUAUCAAAGCUCUUCAUCAGGAGAAACAAGCUUUGAAGAAGUUAGAAAAUGUGCGUAAAGAUCAUGUGGAGAGGCUGGAAUCUCUGCACCAUGCUCAGGAAAUUGACAAAGCUAAAGGAGAACUUAUUGAGAUGAACCUGGACAUUGUGGAUCGAGCAUUACAGGUCGUUCGCAGUGCUCUGGCCAAUCAGAUUGACUGGACUGAGAUUGGGGUCAUUGUUAAGGAGGCGCAAGUUCAGGGAGACCCUGUUGCUCUCACAAUCAAAGAACUGAAGCUGCAAACAAAUCAUAUCACCAUGCUGCUAAGAAACCCAUAUAUAGUUUCGGAGGAAGAGGAGGAAGACGAAGAAGAGGAGAAACUGGAAAUAGAUGAACCAAAAGGAAAGAAGAAAAAGGGAAAAAACAAGCAGCAGCCCAAAAAAACACAAAAGAACAAACCAAUGCUGGUGGAUGUAGAUCUGAGCUUGUCUGCAUACGCCAACGCCAAAAAGUACUAUGAUCACAAGAGACACGCAGCCAAGAAAACUCAGAAGACCGUGGAAGCUGCAGAGAAGGCGUUCAAAUCGGCAGAGAAGAAAACCAAACAGACGCUGAAGGAGGUGCAGACUGUCAGCACCAUUCAGAAGGCCAGAAAAGUGUACUGGUUUGAGAAGUUCUUGUGGUUCAUAAGCUCUGAAAAUUACCUGGUAAUCGCUGGGAGAGAUCAGCAACAGAAUGAGAUGAUUGUGAAGAGAUACCUGCGCUCAGGUGAUAUAUAUGUACAUGCGGACCUGCACGGGGCGACCAGCUGCGUCAUUAAGAACCCCAGAGGUGACCCAGUACCUCCCCGUACCUUAACAGAAGCUGGCACAAUGGCCGUCUGCUAUAGUGCUGCCUGGGACGCGCGUGUCAUUACUAGUGCCUGGUGGGUCCACCAUAAUCAGGUGUCAAAGACCGCUCCAACGGGAGAGUACCUGACAACCGGGAGCUUUAUGAUCAGAGGGAAAAAGAAUUUCCUCCCUCCCUCUUACCUAAUGAUGGGAUUUGGGUUUCUGUUUAAGGUGGAUGAGGCAUGCGUUUGGAGGCACAAAGGGGAGCGCAAAGUGAAAGUACAGGAUGAGGAUCUGGAAAGUGUGACGAGCAGUAACACCGCACUGGCAGAAGAAGAAAAUGAGCCAUUGGAAGCCCUGGAAGACGACAGCGAUGGCAGCAGCGAGGACCAGGAGAAACCUCACAGCGAAGGAGGGAGAGGUGUAGAGGACAAUGUUGGGGAAGAUAUCAAUGUUAGCACAGGGUUGUGUGAUCCUGCACAAGUGGCCUCAGCUGAUGACAGUGACAGCAGCAGCGCUCAUUCUGCAGAGAAUAACUCUCCAGUGAAGGAGGAGGAUGCUGCUUAUCCUGAUACUUCUAUAGACCUGUCUCAUCUGCAGAAAAAGAGGACACUGAGCACAGCAGCUGUAACAGAACCUGUCGAGUCAGCCAUAACGAGUGACAAGUCCCGAAAACAUCUGUCCGCUAAGGAGAGACGUGAAAUUAAGAAAAAGAAGAAGCCAGAUGACUCUGAGGAAUUCAGGCAAUUGGAAGAUGCAGACAAAGCCGGGGUGGCUGUACCCCAGAGUGCACCACAAGGGGGUGCUCUGCAGCAGCCACUGAAAAGAGGACAAAAGAGUAAAAUUAAGAAAAUGAAAGAGAAGUACAAAGAUCAGGAUGAUGAAGAUCGAGAACUUAUUAUGCAGUUGCUCGGGUCCGCAGGGUCCAGCAAGGAAGAGAAGGUAAAAAAGGGAAAGAAAGGAAAGACAAAGGAAGAAACAGCAAAGAAACAGCCACAGAAGGGAAAAGGUGGAAGUGGGCCUAUGAAGAAAGAUGGGUCUGGAUUUACAGAGGUCUUUAUAACACAAGAUUUACAAGACAUUACAUUAGAGGAGCAGCAGGAUGACAAGGAUGAUGCGGAUCAGGAAGCUCCUGGAUCAGAGGAAGCCGAGAAUCUUUUGGACUCCCUGACGGGACAGCCAGACCCAGAAGACGUUCUGCUUUUCUCUGUGCCAGUCUGUGCACCUUACACUGCUAUGACCAAUUAUAAGUAUAAAGUUAAACUAACUCCAGGAACACAAAAGAAAGGAAAAGCUGCUAAAACAGCAUUGAACAGUUUCAUGCACUCUAAGGAAACCUCAUCCAGAGAGAAGGAUUUACUGCGCAGCGUCAAGGACACGGACUUAUCAAGGAACAUGCCAGGAAAAGUGAAAGUCUCUGCUCCCAAUCUGCUCAAUGCAAAGAAGAAAUAACAUUGGUCAAAGCCUGGAUUGCACAUAUGUACAUAUGGAAUUCAUCUGCACAUAGUCCUAUUAUUACAGGAUACUAGACUAAAACUCCACAAUGUUUUGAGACUAGGGUUCACUAAGGGCAGUUUCUAAAAGUUGCCAAUAGUUCUAAAACGGCAAUCGGAAUAAAUGUAAAACAAGGCCCAUAAAACAUGCCUUAGUAAAUCUACCCCUAGGAAUUUUAACUCCAGUCCUCAAGUAUGAAAAGCAUUAUUGUAAAUUCAGUCACAAAUUUCCAAUAAUUUCCCUAUUGGGGUAUCUGGGGCUGAAGGUAAUCUGCUUUGUAAGGAAGUACAGGAAAUUACCAUUAACGCUUUAAAUUAUCAAGUGUGCGCACAACUCAUUCCUACUCCUAUUCAGUGCCAGCCGUGCCCUGUGGUUGCAAACAGCACGUGUCUUUAUUUUAAAGGUGGACCGGUCACCUACAAAGGCUACAUUCUGGGUCACUCCAGACUAUUACUUGGCUAGGAAUCAAUGACAUCACUAAGGUCCUGCCUGACUAAGGCGAUUACCAUUAAUGAGAGACUGAUUCCUAGUAAAAAUCGAUAGACUACAUUCUCAUUAGCUCAGGGUAGUAAAUCGCUGUCUUAUGAUACACCUGCUUGGAGCUGUGUAAGAAAGUAUUAAAAAUGUUAUAUUUUUAAGUUUUUAAUUUAGAGAAGAUACCUUAAAGAAUUAAAUUGCAUUGUGAUGUUAUGGAAAAAGGUUUGGAUGUAUCAAUAUGAGCUAAAUAGAUCAACAAGCGCUUAGAUCAUUGGAAAUAAAGGGUGACAAUAUUUGAA